AGCGAAUCUCUGAAACUGAAUAAUUUUAUUCGCAUGGAUAUUUAACUAUUUGGAAACUUAUAAUAAUGUCUAAAAUCAUAAAAUUUGACCUACGAGAGUUAAAACAGUUGGCAAACGACAAAAAUUCUUGUUUGGUUGUAAAAAAGAUUACACAAAAUCUGGCUUUACAGCCAUGGUGCCUUGGAAAUAUUAAAGAAUCUAUAACAAACUUAUUAGAUUAUAAAGUUGGUAAAUUUGAUAAAGAGUUGAACGGUGUCUUAGUAAGCUAUAAAAAUCCUUGUAUACUUCAGAAUGUUGGCACUAUACGCAAUGAUAAUGCGGAUAUACAUUUCCAAGUUCAAGCGGAUUACUUCAUAUUUCAACCAUACAUAGGUGCAAAAUUAACUGGUUUAGUUAACAAAAAGUGUUCCACACAUUUAAGUGUCCUAGUACAUAGAGUUUUUAAUGUGGUCAUACCACAGCCAACAGAAGAGCCUGGAGACAAGUGGAUCGGAUUUAGUGUUAAAGAGGGCCAAGAGGUCACUUUUAGAAUUGCUGCCUUAGACCUUUACGGAGCUCUUCCUUACAUUAGAGGUGAAUUAGAUGAGAGGAGUCUAAAACUAGAAAACUAUGAAAUUGAUGACGAUAUUGAAGUUUCUCAACCAUUAAAUGUACCUUAUGUGAUUUUUGAUAAAACUAAGCCUAGUGUAAAAUAAAUGAAUUAAUCUACACAUAGAAGGAAGGAAAAACAUAAAGAUAUGGAAUGAUAUCUGACCACUGUUCUCUGAACAUUAAGCUAACUACUUAUAACAGAGAUAUCUUCUUUUACUUUAUCAAUUAUUGAGUUGGUAUCAUCAGCAAAAAUUUACUUAAAUUAUAAAUGACCACGUAACACAACACAAAAAAUGUGUAUGUGCACAAUUCACACUCAGUAGAAGUGAAACUUAUAAAAAAUAAAAAUAAUCGCAAGGGUCAACCACUCCGGAGUGCAAUGGAGCAGCCUCACCUUGGGAGAACCACCUGCAUAAUCACGGUAACCCUACAACAGAUAAGUAUGAUUUAGAAAGAGAGAAAUACGAGAAUGUCUAUCAACUGUAACAUUUCGUCACUGCGAUUCAGGAAUUGUUGAAUUUGCGUGCUGCGACAUCUGUUGAUAACAAACUAAAUAGAAAUAAAAGGAUCUCAGGGCGCUCCGAGAGCCACGACAACGUGCACGGACGUUAAAAACACACUGAACUAGUCGGGGACGCGAGACCGCGUGGAGCGCUUCGUGAUUUGUCGGAGCCGCUUCAGCAAGCCAAUCGUGGCACAUUUAUUUUUUCGUUUCGUUUCAUCAAGUUUGAACCCACCCAACGAUUCUAAAGAAGUUUCACUUCAAUAAACUACUGUAAAACUACUGGGCCUAUUGGAAGAGAUUUCAACAUGAAAUAACUAGUGCCCUUGUUCUCUGCAUCCUUAUUGUUGUGUUCCUUCUAACAGCUGUGUGUACAAAAUAUAUUAAAUACAUAAAA